AUGGCCGAAAGUAACGAAACAGCGAACAAAAUGGACGCCGCAGGGUACGCGAAUGGCGGGCCGCAGCCCUCCGAUCAGGAAAUUAUGGACGGCAUGCUGCAGGUACGCUUCCUGCACGCCAAAAAGCUUGACCGGGACUACUCGCAUCUGUUCCGGAAAAAAUCGCGCCUGCAGCUGAUUCGCCUUUCGAUGGUGAUCGUGGGCAUCGAGUUCCUGUACGCGGCCGAGACGGCCUUCGUUACACCGAUCCUGCUCGGCAUCGGUCUCUCGCACACCUUCAUGACGAUGAUCUGGGCGUUCUCUCCGGUGCUCGGGUUCCUGUUCGCUCCCAUGAUCGCGUCCUUCAGCGAUACCAUCCGAGGGCGCUGGGGUCGUCGGAGGCCGGUACUUCUCGGGCUAGGGCUAGCGAUGAUGGCGGGCAUGUGGAUCCUGCCGCACGGCAAAUCGAUCGGCGUGUUCUUCGGCGAUCCGGACGUCCCGGUCGACCAGAUGGAGGGUUUCCGGUGGUCCAUACCGGUGACGAUCGUGGGUUUGGUGCUGACGGACUUUGACGCCGAGACGAGCAACGGCAUCGCGCGCGCCUACUUCAUGGACAUGUGCAUGCCGAGCGACCAGGCGCGCGUCCUCACGACGGCCAUGUUUAUCGGCGGGCUCGGCGGAACCGUCGGGUACGUGCUCGGUGCCAUCGACUGGAGCCAGACGAACCUCAACCUGCUCGGAAGCAACGAGGCCACCGUGUUCCUCUUCGUGUUCCUGGUGCUGGCGGUCGGGCUGUCGAUAACGCUCACCAGCUACCGGGAGGUUCCGCUACCGCUGCUCGAGUCCGACCCCCUGCUGCGGCACGUGUCCCCGAAGGUGUUCGAGGCGGAGAAGGCCCGCCAGCGGGCAAUAUACAGCAUCUCAAAGGACGUCAUCGUGGCCGACCCGGUGAAGGUGGAGCUGGCGGUCGAGGCGUCCGUCACGGUCGAGCCGGAUGCCGACGAGAAGCCGCUCCGUCUGCGCGACUUCGUGCGCAACAUCGUGCACAUGCCGCGCAGUCUGUUCAUCCUCUACACGACGCAGUUCUUCUCGCAGCUCGGCUACCUCAGCUAUUGUCUCUACUUCACAGACUUUGUGGGUGCGGAGGUGUUCGGUGGGGACGUGGCGGCACCACCAGGCUCACCCGAGCUCGCCCUGUACGAGGAGGGGGUCCGUUACGGUUGCUGGGGAAUGGCGGUGUUCGCCGUCUGCAGCGCGUCAUACUCGGCCAUCAUCGAGCAGCUGAUUCGACGACUCGGUGCUCGUCCAGUGUAUAUGGCCGGGCUGCUGCUGUUCAGCGCCGGCAUGCUCAUAAUGGGCCUUUUCCGGGAGAAGUUUGUCAUUUUCAUCGCCUGCCCAACGGUGGGAAUCAUGUACUCGGGGAUGUACUCCAUACCGUACCUGAUAGUGGCACACUAUCAUUCCAAAAACUCGUUUGAGAUGAAGGACGGCAAGUGCGUCGAAAACACCACCAAACGGGGCUUCGGAGCGGACGUUUCUCUGAUGAGCAGCAUGCUGUUCCUCGCCCAGCUCAUCAUAUCGCUCGCCAUCGGCAGCAUUAUCGACGCGGUGGAGUCGAAUGUCGUGGUCAUAUUUUCCGCCAGCAUAUUCUCCCUCGUGGCCGCGCUGACGGCCUCGCAGAUCGUCUACAUGGGACUGUGA